AUGGGGAUCACAAGAGGGACACUUGAGGGAGCGGCGAGACCACAUUUCAAUCCAAACACUCUUUCCCACCGCGAGCUUCUGAAGCCGGGACCCAAGGUGCAAAAGCUGAGAAUCAGAUUUUCGCCAUAUCAAGAGCUUGCUCGUGUGUCCCUUAAGAGAAAAAGAACAGCUAACUCGUCACCAGCGUAUCCCUCCUUGUAUUCAACUCAAGAAGGGGACCAGCUGAGCGCACAAACAGAGGAAACCCAGCCAACCAAGAAAUUGAAGGUGAUACAGCAUCAUUUUUCGAAGGGUGAGCCUGUCGAAGAGCAAUUCAACACAUUUCAAGAGAAUUUCGUAAAUGAAGAAACAAUCGCAGUUGACGAUGGCAUGCCAAAUGGCAAAGACAAGGGCGGUCUCAGGGCUAACUCAACCCAUCAGACAUACCAGGCUCGCUCGGGAAGACGGAAACCAGCAAGACGCCUGUAUAGGGAGAAAGAGUGCACCUAUCCAUAUGAAUCCAACGGCGGGGAACAGUUGAGCGGUCGUGUACUGAGGCCUCGAACAAAGCCAAAGUACUAUCCUGACGAUGAGGCGUCUGAUUGCACAUCCGAUGAACACACUGCGGCUACUGUCAACACUGUAGACAAUCAAGCUUCAAAUGAAAGUGAAGGAGUGUAUUCACAUCAGCUUUAUACCGGUCUUGCUUGCGAGUAUUCUGGCUGUCAUGCCAAGGCUGAUUCUCUGAAUGUUGCCUCUGUCUCAGUCCCCGGUGACAGCGAAAACAAGAAUGUGGGAGUCGAUACAGUCUGCCGAAACUGGUCGCUGGGCUGUGAUUAUCCGACAGGGUUCGAGAUCACAAACAGUGAUCAACAAGCUUCAAUGAACCAUCAAGUAACUGUUGACCAGGCUCGAGCAGCAUUCGAGUGGCAGCAAACUCCAUUAAUGAAUAUACGCGAGAUGAUCACAGGUAUCUGUCAGGAUAUUGAUAACCUUGCCGAGGGUCCCGAAAUUGCUGGUUGUGAAGUCGUCAACGACACCGGUCCUGCAAUUCACCGCGGUGGCCAGGGUGAAGCUUUUGCAGAGAUCUGUGCAGCCCCAACAUCCACCUCUCCCAGAGUGUCCCAUAUCGCCAACGGCCAAGUCUGGGAAUCACAAGCAACUCGUAAAGAGCGCGCGCGUCAGGAACUCGAAGCCGCUAGACCCAGCGCUUGUCCUACUACUACUGCUGCUACCACGGGCACUUCCAGCAACGCCAUCGAUCCAUCCUUAUCAGCAUACAACAACGACAACAAUAACAAUAGCUUUCAUCUCGACGGCGCGGCCUCCUCAACACCGAAUUUCACCCCAACAGCCAACACCUUCCCCGUCCCUAUCGGACCCAAUGCCACCACAGCCACCAACCCAACCCCUAACCGCUUCCAAAACCAAGACACCCACUGCCUCAUCUGCCUGCUCCCCGUCACGCCCUCCGACAUCCUAGUCUCAGACCUCCGCUGCGUCGCCUGCCCGCGCACAUUCCAUCAAUCCUGCCUCACCUACAUCCCACCGCGCAUCAACCAGAACUGGCGCUGCAGCCUCUGUUACCGCGAGGCGUGGCAUGGGUAUGGGCAUCUGGCUAGAGAGCUAGAAACGAGGGAUCCCGGGCUGGUGGAGAGGUAUCGGAGAAGACUGUUGCUUGCGAAUACGUAUGGAGGUGCGGUGUCGAUGAACGCUGGGCUUGGGCAAGGUGGCGGUCGGGAUGAAGAGAAUGUGAGGUUUUGGUUCGAUGUCGAUAUGGAUGGUGGGGCGGAGAGUGAUCAGGCGGUGCUGGUGAGGAUGGGGUUGGUGGAUAUGCGGAUGUUGAGGGUUCUGAGUGAUGGGGAUACAAGUGCGAGGGUCAGGAGUCUAGAGGAGACGGAGAGGUGGGGUAUUGCAUUGGGCAUGGCGUUGCAGGAGGAGGAGGGGAAGGUUCAGGAGUUGAGGGGAGAGCUGGAGAGGUUAAGAAACGUGGUUGAGCAGAAGGAUAGAGAGAUUGAGGAGUUGGAGGGUGGACUGUGA